CAUAGCUCACAGGCGCUGCAGUAACAGUGUUUGUGUGAGAGUAAGACAGAGAGAGAGAUUACUUAAUUGCAGCAUGGUCAUGGAAGAGCGCUGAGCGGGGAUUUGCACAAUGCCUUUACUUCUUUUUUAAAUUACUUUAUAUAGGCUACCGGAACUUUAAACGUUUCAUGUGACCUACAAGUCUGUUUAUUGCUUUUCAACAUUUUCCUCCAGUUAUUAUACUGCGUCGAACAUAGCCUACGACAGCAGGAAAGAUGUGGACAAUACCCAAACCUCGAUAUAAGAACUGCAACAAAUUGGAUACAAGGGAUGAAGCCGAGAUGGCCGUGAACAUUGGCGGGGUGAGGCUAGUUUUAGACGGCGAUGUGCUUAACCGCUACCCGGAGAGUCGACUUGCAGAACUGAUCAACUGCUCAACUCUGAAUUACGACGUUAUCUACUCACUUUGUGAUGACUAUGACCCGGGUAAAAAAGAGUUUUAUUUCGACCGGGAUCCUGACGCUUUCAGAUGUAUCAUUGACGUGUAUUACUUCGGUGAGAUUCACAUCAAACGAGGUAUAUGUCCAAUUUGUUUCAUUAAAGAGAUGGAGUUCUGGAAAAUUCACCAAAGCUAUUUGGACGAGUGCUGUAAAAGUUACCUGACUGAAAAAGAGGAAGAGCUGGCAGAGAUUGCCAACAAAGUGAAGCUUAUCUUGGAUGAUCUAGAUGGGGACCCUUCUGUCAACUGCUCAGCGCGGUGCCUAAAGUUCCUUUGGAAACUCAUGGAGAAACCGGAGUCGUCUUUGCCUGCACGCGUCAUUACCAUUGCAUCUUUCCUCUUCGUCCUUGUGUCCUCCGUGGUGAUGUGCGUGGGGACCAUUCCAGAAGUCCAAGUAGAAGAUGAAGAGGGGGACCUUGUGGAGCACCCGAUGCUGGAGGAUAUCGAGACAGCCUGCAUAGGCUGGUUCACCCUGGAAUACCUGCUGCGUUUUGUGUCCUGCCCAAACAAACGGCAGUUUUUCCUAUCCUUUAUGAACAUAAUAGACUUCAUGGCUAUCAUUCCCUUCUACGUGGUGUUGACCCUUACUUACCUGGGUACGACCAUGAUGGAUCUGGCCAAGGUCCAGCAAGCGGUCCAGGCGCUUCGCAUCAUGCGUAUCGCCCGCAUCUUCAAACUGGCGCGCCACUCCUCUGGGCUACAGACUUUCACCUAUGCGCUGAAGAGGAGUUUCAAAGAGCUGGGGUUGCUCCUUAUGUACAUGGGCAUAGGGAUAUUCGUGUUCUCAGCACUGGGCUACACCAUAGAGCAAAGCCACCCGGAGACCCUCUUCAGUAGCAUCCCACAGGCUUUCUGGUGGGCUAUUAUCACCAUGACCACCGUGGGCUAUGGAGACAUUUACCCCAAAACCACUCUAGGCAAGUGCAACGCAGCCAUCAGCUUCCUGUGUGGGGUGAUAGCCAUCGCGUUGCCCAUUCACCCCAUUAUCAACAACUUCGUACAUUUUUACAACAAGCAGAAACUGCUCGAGACCGCGGCCAAGCACGAGCUGGAGCUCAUGCAGUUGCAGUCUAGCGAGGAUUCACUGAUGAAGGCAACGCGCAAGUGUGGCGCAGCGGGUGCGUUGGAGAGCUCGAUGCGUACCUCGCGUAGUGAUAAUUGUAUACCACUUCUCGAGGAAUCGACCAGGACUUUGAAGUCGAAAGAUUAUUGCUCGGAAACAGAAUAAUUUUAACUUGGUAAAGAAACAUUCUAUAGUGAUGUGCUUCAAUAGCUAGGUUUCCAUCCAAUUGGCGACAGAUUUUCAUGCGAAUUGUCUAAAAUCCACAUAAAAACAAUAUGGCAUGUUCCCAAACAAUAUGGCAUGUUCCCACCAGAGACAUGUUUCCAUCAAAUUGAGUUGUUGUAGAUAAAAUGCUGUGCCUGAUGACGUAGUGCACAUAAAAAUACAAGUUAAAUGGGUUUCCAUCGCAUUUUCAACUCUACUUAUGGUCUCAUACAAAAUGUUGAGUUAUUUGGCGAGUGUGCCCACUCUGGUAUUGGCACGUGCGCUCGAGCGUGCUGGCGCAUGUAUAGCCUACAUGAUGAGAUUAUUAUGGACAAAAGAGCGAGAUUCUUUUUAUUUGUCAAAUAGCAGACAAGCACCCAUAACAUCGAGGAUCAUGUCACCAGAAUAAGACCCUCGAUAUUUAUUGGAAAGGAGUAUCAAGCUCAUCACCUUGCACUUUCACCACCCUGUGAAGUUCAUCAUAACUUAUCUUCAUAUAUAGCCUAAUAAACUGUAUGCUUUCCCAAACAGUUAUAGUGGGAGGACCACACAACAUGUCAUUGCGUGACUCCAAGUUUACUUCGAUAUAAGGGUUAUUAUAUCAAUAUUUGCGCAUAAAGGCGUUUACACCGACAUUUCUCGCAUAAUUAAUUUUACCGACUAAAAUGUCGCACCUUGUCUAGCGUAUUUUGUUUUGUCCACAUUUGUAAUGUUUACCGAAACAUUUUCUGUUUCCAUCGGGCCUUUCAUUAAAUGUUUUAUCCGACAUGCACUUUACUGGCAUAAAAAGGUUGGAUGGAAACUUGAUUAGUGAGCUAUAUCCUCCUGUGGUUACUUCGUCUUUAUGUGGGUCUACAGCUAAACGACUAUCUUUAACAGUAAUCCAAUGGAGGACGUUUUCCUCUGAAUUUAGUUUUUAGGAGAGAAUUGUAGUAGUAUUAUUUAUUCAAUAAUUAGCAUCGAAUAAAGCGUUUGCAUGAAAAACAUUGAAAUGGGCGCCAUGAGUAUCCAAAUCUGGAGACAGGCAUGCUAAUGUGGAACUGAACCACCCCGUUCCCAUCCCUUGGGGAAAGGUGCAUUCUGAGGAAAGUAGUUUUGAAAUGCAGUGCUCACACCUGCAGCCCCAGUCAUAUUGAUCCUAUGUCUUUGACGUUUGUAUAGGGGUUAAGGGCAUGCCUGUAAUUAUUAUACCGGUGCACAGAACUUUUAUGCGCAGAUAGCCUAGUGGAUAUUCUUCCAGUCUAGCCCGUUCCAGCCGUUUCCCGCUUGAUCACUCCAUUGUGUGUGUGUUUGUGUGUACGUGCGUGCGAGAAAAUGCUGUCCCCAUGGGGAGAACAGUUCAGAGAGUGUCUACACUCGCCUACAUGCAGGGAUGAGGUCCACAUAUGGAUGUGGUAUAAAUCUGAAGUCAAAAGGUCAGAUUCCAUGUGUUUUGUUUGCUGUUUAGCAUUAAGUAAAAUAUCAGAUAGGUAUCAGAUAUAACAAACAAUUUACAUAAGAUCUAAAUUGGGCUGCCUGUGUAAACGCAGCCCUAGUAGUCUUUUACUGUGAAUUUAUUUGACCAUGAAAGAAAGAAGAAAAUGGAAGAUAUCGCAGGUUGGCUUGAAUUGAGCCCUGUGUCAUCCAGUCACAUACUAUUUACAUCCAUACUAUCAUUUUUGCACACAUUCCGCUACACAAUUGCUUGACUGAUCAGGCUAACAAAAAA